AUGCCGCCGCCGCAACCUGAUCAAGUUGACCGCAAGCGCAAGCUGUCGCUUUCCAAUGUGAACGCCCCCCGCACCUGUCCUGCCGGCCUCAAUGAAAAGCCCAAUCCCAUCAGCGUUGCCAGCAUGCCGCCUUCUGCUGGACCAGACACCGGGGCGUGCGAGGUCCUCAAGCCUGGAUACGAAACGCUCGUCAGGAAGCUGGAGCAAAUGUAUCGCGAGAGCCGCUCUGAGGUCAAGGAGAAGAAGCAAGAACAAAGGAACAUGGCCGGCUACGACCAUUUCCAAGUGGAGCAAGUCGAGAUGGAGCUGUAUGGAAAUCAACAUCACCACAGCAAGAUGAAGGCGUUGCUCAAGACGAUCAAGAGAUCCAAUGCCGAGCUCGUUCUGACUGACGUGUCAGAGACUGACAUCGAGUGGGAGGAGGAUUCAUCGGAAGAGGAGGACUCGGAAGGAGAGUAA